CAGGGGUUCUCUGGGCGGAGCUCCCUGGUGUGAUCCAUGGUGUUGGAGGCUGGCGCCGACCGUCUUCCGCUCAUCGCAGAGCAGGACCGGUGGGGACAGCAAUGAGCUGGGAGUUGCUGCUCUGGCUGCUGGCACUGUGUGCGCUGAUCCUGCCCCUGGUGCAGUUCCUGCGCUUCCUGCGGGCCGAUGCCGACCUGACGUUGUUAUGGGCCGAGUGGCAAGGGCGACGCCCAGAAUGGGAGCUGACUGACAUGGUGGUGUGGGUGACUGGAGCAUCCAGUGGCAUUGGCGAGGAGCUGGCUCUCCAGUUAUCUAAACUUGGAGUCUCUCUGGUACUGUCAGCCCGAAGGGUGCAGGAGCUGGAGCGGGUGAAGAGAAGGUGCCUGGAGACUGGCAAUUUAAAAGAAAAAGAUAUACUGGUUUUGCCCCUUGACCUGACCGACACAGAUUCCCAUGAGGCAGCUACCAAAGCCGUUCUGCAGGAGUUUGGUAAAAUUGACAUUUUGGUCAACAAUGGUGGAAGAUCCCAGCGUUCCUUAGUUCUAGAAACCAACCUGGAUGUCUUCAAGGAGCUGAUAAAUUUGAACUACUUAGGGACGGUGUCCUUGACCAAGUGCGUUCUGCCUCACAUGGUAGAGAGGAAACAAGGGAAGAUUGUUACUGUGAACAGCGCUGCGGGGAUUGCAUCUGUGGCCCUUUCCAGUGGGUACUGUGCCAGCAAACAUGCUCUCCGGGGCUUUUUCAAUGCUCUCCAAUGUGAGCUUAUCCAAUAUCCAGGAAUAACAUUUUGCAACGUUUACCCAGGGCCUGUGCAGUCUGACAUUGUGAAGAAUGCCCUAACUGAAGAAGUAACUAAGCCCAUGAGGAAUGGUAUAGAUCAGUCUUACAAGAUGCCAACGAGUCGCUGUGUCCGGCUAAUGCUAAUCUCCAUGGCCAAUGAUUUGAAGGAAGUUUGGAUCUCCGAUCACCCUGUCUUGAUGGGGACAUACAUGUGGCAGUAUAUGCCAACCUGGGCCUUAUGGCUGACCUCCAAGUUGGGGAAGAAAAGAAUACAAAACUUUAAGAAUGGUUUGGAUCCAGACACAUCUUAUAACAUCUGGAAGACAAAGAGGGAUUGAAACAACCCCUCUGGAUGUCGGAGCCACUUGUUGAGAAUGACAAACAGCAUUAGUAAGCUUACACACAGAAGACGGGUCCGUGACUGCUUUCUGCUGUAAUUUUUGAUACAAAUUUCUAUUCAAUAUGUAAUGAAUAAUAAAUAAAACCUUGCCCUGUAUCCUGCAAA